ACCUGCAACCUUGGCGUAUCAGGACGACACUCUAAGCAACUGAGCACCUCACCAGGGCUCCAGUGCCUAAUUGUGCCCCCAUGCCAAGUGGCCUCCCUGCGGAUUCCGGUUCCAGGCCCUGGAUUCCUUCCCGGCAGCCUCCCCACACUGACCGAGUUCGUCUCCUUGCAGGCACUGGGAGCCUGGCUGCUGCAGUGGAGACCGCCUCGGGACGCCAGGCCCUGGUGGUGGGCAAGCCCAGCCCUUACAUGUUCGAGUGCAUCACGGAGCACUUCAGCCUGGACCCUGCCCGCAUGCUCAUGGUGGGCGACCGCCUGGAGACCGACAUCCUCUUCGGCCACCGCUGUGGCAUGACCACCGUGCUCACGCUCACGGGCGUCUCUCGCCUGGAGGAGGCCCAGGCCUACCUGGCGGCCAGCCAGCAUGACCUGGUGCCCCAUUACUAUGUGGAGAGCAUCGCAGACUUAAUGGAUGGGCUGGAGGACUGAGCCCACCUGAUCUGUAACCGCAGCCCCACCCCUGCCCUACCCUGACCCCAUAGAUGGAGGUGACGGGCCAGGAGCUGCAUUAAUUGCCACUGGCUCUCCGGCCCCAGUUUCCACACCCUGGUAGGGCUGGGACCCAGGGAAGAUUUUAGGACCCUUGUACCCCCAGGGGUGGCUGAGCUCACUUGGCUGCUGCCCUUGCCGCACUGGUUUGCCCUGGCAUGACCCAGCCAAGGUGGCCUUAUUUCCUGUGACUUCCCCUUGUUGAAAUCUGGGCCCCGAUGGCCACUGAAGAUUUCCCCCAACCCUGAGCUCUUAACCUCCUCACCUCUCCCUGGGGCCUCCAGAGCUCUACCUGCUCCCCAUGUCCUGGCUUUGGGUUCCUGUUGACCAAUCAGAGGUCUAGGUAACCAUAAAUCGUAUUGUCCCGAGCCCUGAAUGGACCAAUCAGAAGGCUAAGUCAUAGUGCUUCAUUGAUGUUGGGUCCUGAGUUGGCCAGUUGGGAGCCUAGGUAACAAUGACCCUGUGAUGUCCUGGAGCCUGACUGGACCGAUCAUAAGGCUAAAUGAUAACGGGCCUCUCAUAUCCUAGACCAGUGAUGGCGAACCUAUG